AGCUGCUUUGGCAUCCUCACCUUGCUCCUGGGUGGGAGGGGGGGGGGGAGGGGAGCUUUGGGCAGCAGCUUUAGCCCUGGAUCUGCAUGAUCCCCUCCCUGCCAGGAGGCUUGGAAGGAAGUGGGAAGGCUUCCAGCUGGGAGCUGCCUGGCUGCAGGCUGUGGCAGGGAACAGUUUGUUUGUACAAGCAUCAGCUCCUAGCUCUGAGCAGAGCGAGGGGGACUCAGAAUAACUGUGGGGCUCCACAUGGGGUUUUGCUCUCUGCAUUUGGGAAAGUGAGACGUGGGCAGGCUGAGAGUUGGGCAGAGAGGAGGACGGUGAGGCUCAGCAAGGGCGAGUGUGGGGUCCUGCAGCUGGGGGGAGUUACUGCAUGCAUCAGAAUAGGUCGGGGGUGAGCUGGAAAGGAGCUCUGUGGGGAAGGAGCUGGGUGUUGUGGUUGACCAGCAGUUGGCCAACCAUUGACCACAACUGUUGUCCAUGGUCACCCUGUGUGCAUUGCAAUGGGGCUCUGGGGGGUGCAGUGCGCCCAGUGCGGCCAGCAGAGCAACGGAGGUUCUCCUGCCCUCUGCUCUGCCCUGGUGAAGCCGCAUCUGGAGCCCUGGGGCCAAAGCUGGGCUCCCCAGUAUCAGGCAGACAGGAAACUGAUGGGGGAAAGGCUGAGAGCCCCGGGUCUGUUCAGCCUGGAGAAGAUGAGAGGGGAUGUUACCUCCUCUGGAGACGUUCAAAACCCACCUGGGUGCUUUCCUGUGCGACCUGCCCUAGGGAACCUGCGUUAGGGGGAGCGGGACCAGAGGUUCUAUAGAAGUCCAUUCCAACUCCUGUGCUUCUGGGAUUCUGCACCCCACACAAGGCAAAACGUGCAGCCCCAAAGCGAAGCCCUUCUAAUUCCCACCGCCUCUCCAGCUGCCCAGGGAGGAGGAUGGGAACAAACCCCACAAAGCUUCGCUGCGGCUCUCCAAGAAAAACAGCAGCAAUCCGAUCCCUUCCCGUGCCGCCCAGCCCUGUGUUUGUCCUGGAAGCGGAGCCCCAUGGCUGUGCUGCUGCUGGCUGUGCUGCUGCUGGCUGUGCUGCUGCCCACCGCCCCGUCAUCCACCGCCCCACUGCCCCCCACACCACGCGAGCUGGCCCGCACCGUGCUGGAGGCGCACGGGCGCGAUGCGGGCAGCGGGCUGAGGCUGCUCAAGCUGCAAGGAGUCACCAGGACGAAGUUUGACUGGGGCACGCACUUCACCAUCAAUCUCACCGCCCGUGAGAUCUCCUGCCCCGCCGGCCCCACGGCGCCACGCGGUGCUGCAUGCAGAGCCCGGCCGGGCCAGAUCCAGCACUGCGUGGCCCAGAUCUCCGUCUUUGCCUUCCUGCCUGACGUGCCGCUGUCGCUGCUGGAGUGCAGCCGGCAGACGCCCAGCAGCUCAGGGCAGCCCCGCUCCCGAAGCCGGCACAGCCCUGCAACCCCACGAGCCGUUGGCCUCAGGGAGCCGGCGCCGUCCUGAAGCCCAUGAGCGCAUCCAUCCUGCAGCAGGGGACGUGCAGACCUCAUCCAUGGAGCCUGUCCCAUAGACCCAAGGGCUGAAAUAAAGAUGUUCCAGGGCUCUGCUGCAUGUGUGAUGCCUCAUCCCCAUCCCGCCAUCCUGCAGUAGAAUGGGAUUGAGGUUGCACAAACCUGCAGCUUUUGGGUCAUGGUGGGGCGGCUGCAGCCCCACAUGCAGCAUCUCCAUCCCAACUGCCAAUAGCACGUUGGCCAACCCUUGGGCUGAUAACAGAUGGCAGCACACAGGGCUGCUCCACGUAUCUGGCUCAGAGCCUGGGGGCUGUUGCAGGGGAUAGGAGGGGACCAGGGCUGCUGUAUGGGGGGUACUUGGGAGUACAAGCCAUGUGGUCUGGGGACAGAACGCUGUGGGGAUGAUGGGGAGUUGAAUGGGAAAUGGCUUGUGGGAGUGCGUGGGUCAAAAAGCCUUCACAUGGGGGUGGGGACGGGGAUGGGAAGGAGUUCUUGAAUCCAAUGGCAGCUGUCCCAUGAGUCUGGGGGUGCCUGGAACCUCCAUUGUCAUCGCAAUGCGAUGGAGCCUCAUCCCAAUGGGAUGGAGCCCGAUCCGUCCGUCUGUCCCAGCUGGGCACUGCCAGUCUGCUCCUUGGGGACCAUUUUAUGGCUACGUGGCCUCUCAACCAGAGCACCCCAUGCCCUGCAGCACAGCCAGGGAUGUGGGAUGCAGCCUGCAGCGGGACAGGGCAGCCCAUGGGCGCAGCCACGUCCCCACCACAGCUUUUCCCCCCCAGAUAACUGCCGCGCUGUGGCUGCUCCCCCUGGGCCCGCGUUUCCGCGUUGCCCAACUUCGGGGCCAAUAAAAGGCAUUGGGAGCGACGAGCGGGCACGGGGCGAGGAUGGCGAGCUGCUGGGUGCUGGUGCUGGCGCUGCUGGGGGGGGCCUGCGCCCUCCCGGCCCCCCUGGGCUACCCCCAGGCUCUGGCCCAGGCUGUGGACUCCUACAACCAACGGCCUGAGGUGCAGAAUGCCUUCCGGCUGCUCAGCGCCGACCCCGAGCCCGGCCCGAACGUCCAGCUCAGCUCCCUGCACAACCUCAACUUCACCAUCAUGGAGACGCGGUGCCAGGCGCGCUCGGGCGCCCAGCUGGACAGCUGCGAGUUCAAGGAGGACGGGCUCGUCAAGGACUGCGCUGCGCCCGUGGUGCUGCAAGGCGGCCGCGCCGCGUUCGAUGUCACCUGCGUGGACUCCAUGGCUGACCCCGUCCGCGUCAAGCGCUUCUGGCCGCUGGUGCCGGUGGCCAUCAACACGGUGGCUGCGGGCAUCAACCUCUACAAAGCCAUCAGGAGGAAAUGAGCUGUCCCCAGAGCCGCUGUCACCACUGUCCCCCCACAGCCCCCCACUCAAUAAAGCUGUUUUCUGGCCA